CCUAGAUAUUUUUUCAUCUUUCUGCCAACUCCAAUUAUUUUUCAUUCAUAAACCGCCAUUACAUUAGGAAUCAUCUCCUCGUUCUAUAUAUACUGUGCCCCCAUCGCUUUCCACCCACAACGCCUCCUCAUUUUCAAUGCUAUAGCACAAUAACCGCUUCAAGAGUCUUGCAGUUUUCAUCUAUUUUAUCCCGAGAUUUGGUUGAGGAUCGGAGAUGGAGUGCGGUGGAGGGUCGCCGCUGUAUUACAGCAUUCUCGGCGUCGCUACGGACGCUUCCGACGAAGAAAUUCGACGCGCUUAUCGGAAGCUCGCUAUGCAAUGGCAUCCGGAUAAAUGGAGUAGAACCCCUUCUCUUCUUGGUGAGGCCAAGCAGAAAUUUCAGCAAAUUCAGGAGGCUUAUUCAGUGUUGUCGGAUAGGAGUAAGAGGAUGUUGUAUGACGCAGGGCUGUAUAGCUGUGAAGACGAUGAAGAUGAGGUCGAGGGAUUUGCUGAUUUUGUCGGUGAGAUGGUGUCUCUCAUGAAUGAUGCCAGGAAAGAGGAAAAGAGUUACAGCUUUGGUGAAGUACAGAGCAUGUUUUGGGAGAUGGCACAAGAUUUUUACAUACCCAAUUGGGAUGACUUGGUGCAGCAACAAGACGUGUAUGAUUGUGGGCAGCAGCCGAAUCUAUAUGAAUCCGGGAAUGUGCCGUGGGAAGCAAGUAUGAAUCCACAGUUGAACAGUUUUGGAACACACAACAUGUGCAUGUGAGAAGAUCAUAGGGGAUUCAGUUUUGUUGUGUAUUAGCUUAGUGUUUAGACAUUGUGGUAUAGGAUUAGAGAGGACUUGGAUUUGGACAUCAAUUUUUGUAUAUGUACCAAGGAGAUCUAUUUCUAGUAUGCUAGAGUUUGUACAUGGAUAACUUGGUGUGUGAAUUAAAUGGUUCAAUAUUCAGUGUUUUACUGAAGAUGAAGAUCGAAAGUAAGGAUAAGAAACCUUACGGUCGAAUUUUUGUUGGAAUAA